CUGUGCAAUACUAAUUGCAAGUUUUCAUAUUUCAAUUUCAAUACAUAUUUUAAUUCAUGUUUCAUAAAUUUUCCUAAUUUGCACAAAUGUUUAAGUUGAAAAUUGAAAACAAUUGUCUUAAAUAAUAAUUCACUUGUCCAAAAGUUCAAGUUGAUGUUUUAUUAUAAUGCUUUUUAAUAGUAAAACAGGUAACUCAAAGGUAAAGCGCUAUAAUGGAUGAACGGCGAGUAGCGGAUUACUUUGUUGUGGCUGGUUUGCCUGAGAAACCAGAAUUAUUGGACGAUUCUGAUUCUGGACAUCUAAAAGGCUAUAACUCUAAAGCGCCCAUAACAGACAUUGGUGUACUAUUCCCGAGCCUAGGAGAGACAGUACCUAGUGGCUAUGAGUUAAUCGAGUUUACUCCAACUGGUCUGUCAGCUAACUUGAACCAUGGCUCAAUGCGUUCACUUGAAUGCUUCCUUUGCUUACGAAGGGGACGUGAUAAACCCCCCUUAGUUGAUAUAGGUGUGAUGUACGAUGGUAGGGAACGUCUUAUGGCUGACGCUGAGAUGGUCAUGGUGUCUGUUGGUGGUCGAGUGGCCAACGUCAACAACUCUAGCGCGAAGACUUUCAUAACGUACAGACGCGCCCAUGUAUCCGCGCCUUGUAAUGCGCUGGUGGUUGUCGACGUGUGUGUAGUGGUCACCAGCCGUGGAGAGAUGCCGCCGCACGCCUUCUGUAUGAUCAACAAGAACUUGAACAAAGGUCUAAUAGGAAGCGACGUUUUUCUCUGCUACAAGAAGUCAAUGAACCGUCCACCACUUAUAGCCUACAAACCGGAAGUAUUGUUCAGGUAUCCAAUGGUAGACAGACGUAGUCUAGCGUUUCCUACUUCAGUACCAUUAUUCUGUCUACCGAUGGGAGCCACGCUGGAGUUGUGGCCGAACAAUGCGGCACCUCCCAAACCUGUCUUCUCCACCUUCGUACUCACAGUCGCUGAUGCUACCGAUAAGGUGUACGGGUCUGCGGUGACGUUCUACGAGCGGUACGCGCACGAGCAGCUGUCGCCAUGGCAACAGGAGCAGCUGGGCUGGCGCGCCGGCGUGUCGCACGCCGCGCACUCCACGCACGUCAUCAAGUGCAUCUGUCUGCUGUCGCGCUGGCCCUUCAGCGACACCUUCGAACGCUGGCUACUCUACAUCUUGGACAUGUCGUGGAGUGACGAACCCCUACAUAUACCAAUUGAACGCUAUGUAACGCAUCUACUGGAGGAGGUUCCAUUUCCUGAGCCAAGGAUAUUGCUACAGUUGUCAGCUACUCAUGCCCACGAGCGUGUGAUAGUGACCCGUCGUGAUGAACAACCGCUGGCUCGCAGCGGCGCGGGAUUCCGUCAGCUGCUGCUCAACCUCGGCCCCGACAACUGCUUGCUGCUGCUAGCACUCGCCAUCACAGAACAGAAGAUACUCAUACAUUCGUUAAGGCCGGAUACAUUAACAGCAGUAUCAGAAGCUGUCUCAAGUUUAUUAUUUCCCUUCAAAUGGCAGUGUCCCUACAUACCGCUGUGUCCUUUAGGUUUGGCUGAAGUACUACAUGCACCUCUUCCAUAUCUUAUAGGGGUCGAUUCAAGGUUUUUUGAUCUCUACGAACCACCGCCAGAUGUCACCUGUGUCGAUUUAGAUACGAAUAAUAUAACAAUAUGUGAGUCUCAACGGCAUAUAUCGUUGAAACUGCUACCGAAGCGACAAGCGCGUGCGCUGCGACACACGCUGGAAUUACUAUUUGCCAACAUACGGCCUGCAUCCCCAGUACAACGAUCCGGUAAUAAAUUUAAUGGGGAACCUACUACAAGUUUGGAUAGAGAUUUUCAAAGGAGAAGGAAAGAACAAGCAUUAGAAUUGAAGAUCCAAGAGGCGUUCCUCCGCUUCAUGGCGGUGACGCUGCAGGGCUACCGCGGCUACCUCAUUCCCAUCACGAAGGCGCCCACCGUCGGCACCACCGACCCGCACGCACUCUUCCAUAUGGAUGCUUUCCUGCGCUCUAGAGAUAAGACGCAGCAACGUUUCUUUGCGUUAAUGAUGCGCACGCAGAUGUUCACGCGCUUCAUCGAGGAGCGUUCGUUCGUGUGCGACGCGGACGUGGGGCUCACCUUCUUCGAUGAAUGCAUCGAGCGCGUGGCCGCGGGGGAUGGACACCCCCUGCUGGGGGUUGAUGCCUCCAACUUAUCCGAGAGAACCGUCUUCGUACUACCUCCGGAUCCACCGCAACCAGAUGAGACAUAUACGUACUCCAAGUUCGAGCUGGACCUGGGCCUGGUGGAGGUGUGCCGGGGCUGCGCGUCGCCCAUGGCCAAGCGCACCAAGCAGGAGAUCACCGCCGCACAGAGACUAGCGAGGAAGGCGAGCCUGUCGCCGGAGUCGUGGGCGAAGUGCCUGCUGGGCGCGUGCUACUCGCUGUACUUCCUGGCGCUGCCGUGCCGGCUGGCGCUGCAGCGCGGCCGCGAGCACGCCGCACUGCGCGCCGCCUUCGAGCUGCUCGAGCGCGCCACCAAGCUGCGCGUGCCCUGCGAUGAGGUGUGCUACCGUGUGAUGAUGCAGCUGUGCGGCGUGCACUCGCUGCCGGUGCUGGCGGUGCAGCUGCUGUUCCUCAUGAAGCGCGCCGGGCUGCAGCCCAACGCACUCACAUACGGAUACUACAACCGAUGUGUGCUUGAGGCCGCCUGGCCUAAGGAUAUGCCUAGCGGAUCGCAACUGCUUUGGAACAAGUUGCGUAUCGCAGUGGUGGGCGCCGCGUUGUUCCGCAAGGCGGGUGCGCUGAGAGCCAGCCGCGCUGCCGGACAUGUGCAGAACAAUCCAGGCAGCAGUAAUACUUUACCGCGCGUGCGCGCGUCCGGCGAGCUGGAGGUGCCGCCGCUACACGAGCACGCACGAAGUCGUUCCAGUAUUGACUCGGCGAGCGGUGCGCUGGAGGCGCUGUGGCGGCGCGCCAACAUCGUGCGAGCGGCGCCGCGCAGACCGCGCGCGCACGGCCUCUCCGCCGCCGCCGGCAUACUUAUAUCAGGCUUGCCGUCUAAUCAAGAUUUGAGUGAAGUUGCGAGGCCAAGGAGUAACUCACUGGGCAGCGAGGAAACGACCCCACCGACACCGCUUUCCAUUAAAGAGAAACGACAGACGAUUCACGUGAGCCCCGACAGCCCAUCGGACCUGCGCAUACUUACCCGCUCGGAGAGUUUCGCGGGAGACGCGCAAAUCGUACAGAACUUACAGAGGUUAUCCUUCUCUAGUGGUACUUCAAAUCCAAAGUCACGAUGUUCGAGAACGUUGAGCUUCCCUGAGGAAACAGAUAAAGAACUGAAUGCGAUGUCCAAUAAAGAAGAAGCCAAAACAUCUCCACUUAAAGUGUCUCCCCGCACGCCGGUGCUGGCGGACGACCCGCUGGGUGCGCUGGGUGCGCUGGGCGCGGUGGGCGGGGCGGAUGACCAGCCAGGGAACCUGCACAGAAGCGAGACAGCGCCGGGGACUAUGUCAUCUGGCCUAGUCAGUCUCGGGAACACGCUGAAGAUCAGCUUUGGACGCUAUUCGCCCGGCAGACUGUCGUUCCGCAAGGAAAACAUGAAACUAGGAAAGGCAAUGAUCGAGAAUUAUUUCAGUCCGACGAGUAUAGCAGGUAAGAAGUCAAACGAGUUACUUCAGAGCGGUCUGAGCAGUCUGAAGUCAGCUGCGACCAGUAUGGCGAAGAAGUUCGAUGAGAUGAAGGAAGUGAUAUCGGCCAACUCCACGCCUGUCAAAGGCGCCUUCGGCAACGCGACCAGCGCUCUCACCAGCUUCAUCACUGAAGAGGACUCUAAUGAUGGCUCUUCUGAAUACAACCCCGAUGAGGGAUCUAUCGGUGGCGGGUUCAGGCGCUCGUCGAGCGACGCCGAGCUGGCUUGCAGUAUGGAACGCGGCUCCCUCGCUACGCUGCUCUCGCACCUGCCUGACAAUCUGUACCCACAACAUACAGAGAGCUCUAGUCCCGAGAGGGCGGCGGUGCGCGUGCAGCUGACGUCGUGCUCGCAGUGCCACCAGUGCCUCGGCGCGCUCUACGACGAGGACAUCAUGGCGGGCUGGGCGGCCGACGACUCCAACCUCAACACGCGCUGCACCGCCUGCGGCAGGCACACUGUGCCGCUGCUCACCGCACAGAUUUACCGAGAAGAGCAAAGUCAACCGGAAACAAUUAGUGUACCUUAUUUGAAUCCUUUAGUUUUGAGGAAGGAAUUUGAGUCUAUACUGGGUAGAGAAGGUGACUUAUGUUUAGCGGAGCCGGAGUUUGUGGAAUCACAUCCUAUAGUGUACUGGAACCUGGUGUGGUUCCUGGAGCGCGCCAACAUCGAGAAUCAUCUGCCGGACCUGCUCUGUCCCAACUUCUCCGCUAAAUACCAGAGCUGUGAUACACUGCAUGAUACAGAUAACACUGGUAGGAAAACUUCUGUGGGAUAUUCCAGGGUAAUACUGGCGGUGCUGGACGGGCUGCUGAGCAACGAGCUGUCGGACGCGCUGCGCAAGCUGGCCGCCUGGCGCGAGACCUCCAGCCCUAAUAAACGAUACCCAUCAUUUUACAGAGACAUAGUGUUCCUGUCGAUGUGGGCGCUGGGCGAGCAGAACAUCGACCUGGUGGCGCUGCAGCGCGAGUACACGCGCGCGCUGGAGCAGCUCGGCGGCGAGGCGCGCCCCACCGACCUGCCGCCCUCGCCCACCGCGCUUUGCUGCCGGCAUUACUUCAAGCGGCUAGCACUCGCGCGAUAGUCCACUAUUAUAUCUUACAUGUCUUUACCCCGUCGAAAGUCUCUCCCCUGUCGACACAUGUCUGUCCUCUGCAAAUAGCCAUGUGUAACCACCUUACAUAGUGAGGAAUAUAAAUGUAUCUCGCCUGUUGACUAAUGACUUUCCCCUGCCACUUAUAAUCAGUAUCUGAAGCUAAUCUCUAAAAACUAAUUAAACUAAUACUGGAUGAAAGACACCUCACCAUUCACAUGUCUUUCCCCUGUCAAGUCUAACUCGACUCUGGCCUAAUCCGCCGAGGGAAUGCCAUAAACAAGAAACUCAACUAUCAAGUCUCUCCCCAUCUCGCCUUACUUAUUGGACUACCACAAUCUAAAUCUUUUGAUUUUUGUUUGCUGACCCCUACAGUAUGGCGACUAAAGCCUCCUAUUAAAAGGUAUAUAUUAACUGUUAUGCAUGUCACCAUGGUUUUACAUUUUAAUUACUAUUUUAUAACUAAAUGUAGGCAUGUAGAGUAUGGCGGAUCUUAUUAUAAAACAAAUUCGCGUCCAUAAGUAUUUCCGAGCCGAUAUAAUUUGAAUAGGCCAAUAAAAAGCGAUCAUUCAACAUUUACUAAUCAGUCAAAACAAAUACUCGGGCUAUGUUACAAAUAAAAAAUAGCUUUUUAAAAUUAGUUAUAACAGUUUUACAAUGCAUAUUAUUUGUAUGCUUAA